AUUUUGUGCUUCAUUUCGCUGUAGAGCGUCACGAAAGUUUCAUCCUUUUUAUUUUAAUUUAAUUUCGCCAAAACGUCGCAAUUACAUAAAAUGGUGUCUUCUAAUCAACCGAGAAAAACAAAAAUAUUUGUGGGCCGGUUACCAGAAAAUUGUCGCAACGAUGAGUUGCGACAACUAUUCUCACGGUUUGGUGAGGUGACGGAAUGCGAUGUUAUGAAUCGAUAUGGUUUCGUACACAUGGCACGAGAGGAAGAUGCAGCUGCGGCCAUCAAAGCACUCCACAAUUCAAUUUUCAAAGGGGCAACCAUCAACGUAGAGCAGUCAACUGGGAAGUCACGCGGAGGUGGUGGAGGACGCCGGGAUGGAGACAGAAGAGGCGGACCUAUGAGAGGUGGUAGAGGAGGACGAGACGGUGGUAGAGACGCUCGUCCUGGACCAUACAAUGAUAGAAGAGUUCUUCCGAUCCAACUCGUUGGUUACGAUGGAUCUGCUGCAGGUGGCGUCGCAGCUGGCUAUACCGAUUACAAUCGAGGUGCUGGGGACUUUAGUGGACGAGGGACCGACUUUGGCACUGGGUAUACCGACCGUGGAGCUUAUGGCCAGAACGUGGGAACUGCUGCGAUGGGAUAUACUUCAACAGCGCCAGGGAUGGGUGGAGGCUAUGGACCUGCUGCUGCUGUAGGAGGAUAUGGCCCGACCGGAACAGCUGAUUAUGGCAGGACUGCUGAUUAUACCCGUGCUGCUGAUUUUGGAGCGAGAACAGAUUAUGUAGUUGGAGCUGGUAUGGCAGGAGAUUUCAACCGUGGAGCACCAGGCCCAGUUGAUUAUGGUCGUACGGAUAAUUUUGGGGCAAGUCGCACAGUUGACUAUACUGCAAGAAAUGAUUAUGAUCGUGCUGCGACAGGACCAAUGAGAAAUGGAGGCGCAGCUGUUGCUGCGACAGGAUAUGGUACUGGCUAUGCUGAUGUUGGAUAUGAUGAGAGUCAUUGGCCAAUGAGUACUGGUCCCAGCUAUAGUACUGGUGCUCCCAGCUAUAAUACUGGUCCUGGACCACAAGCGGAUAUGUUUAGUAGAAGACCCGGUAGUGCCGUUCCCAGUGGUGGAUACCCACCUGUCGGUGGAGGUUAUACCGAAGGAUACGACAGACCUGAUGCAUACGGACCUCCUCCACGUGGCGGCGGCCGAUUACAAACUGGCUGAAAAGGGAAGAAACUACUCAACUUUAAGAUGAACUCAAGGAAGCUGAACUUUGAAAUGAAUACGAGGAGCAAUACCACCAUGAGUACUUACUUUACCAGAUUGUUGGAUACAUUUGGUCAUUGGAUAUGGACAACUAUACGAGCAAAUAGAAUGAAAUGUAUCAAAGACGUAAGAACAAAAUAUGAGUUUUAAGUUUUAUUUAUUUAAAGGUUUAUUUUUAAACUUCAAAUGAAAUUAACAAAUAUUUGAUUUGUUCUUUCAGUAAGUAACAAGAAAGUAUUUUAACAGUUUAUUUUAAAAUAUACUAUUAAUACAAAUGCGUGUGUUUAACAUAUCUAUCUUAGAAACAGUAGACUACCGAAGGACUGAAGAGACCUAUCACGCGACGUGGUGCAUAGUUGUAUUAGCUACCAUAGAUAUUAAAAACACGUUUAACACAGCGAGGUGGGCGGAUAUACUACAAACUAUAAAGGUCUUCAAUGUGUUACUCUAUCUUUGGGGCAUAUGCUAGAGGGACUACCUAUGAAAACGACAAAUUCCAGGGAUAAUUCUCAUCGAUUUUUUAGCAGCUGCACGUUAAGGGGAUUAAGAGAAACAAAGAUGAAACUGAUUACAACUAAGCAGCAGCAGCAGUAGACGAAAGGUGACAGACAUUGAAUUCCUCGAAGGAAAAAACAAAUAAUAAA